UGUGGACAUUUGAAGAAUUUGUGAAGCUUAACGCGUGGAAGUGGAUCGGGUCAAGCGCUACUGACAACAAGUACUUUGACGAAGUGGAUAGAAGAAACGCUAUGGAGGGUGUGUAUAUUGAUGCGAGAAGUUGAAUAAGCUUUCCUCGAAGUUUUAUGUAGUCGGUCAACCCCGCAAUUGAAUUCAAAAGCUCUCACGGUUGCUACUACAAACAAACUAACGUCCAUGAUUUGAAAAGAUGGCCAUAAGUUCAGGGGACGGCCUCAGGACUUGUUUUUCGUUCGGCGUUCUCGUCUUCUUUUUGACUUUUGUGUUUGUUACCGGAGUCCUUCAAGAGAUCAAAAAAAAUCGCACUUUCAAUCAAAAGAUUGACUUCCCGGACUUUGGCCACUAUAAUGGAAAUUUUAUAAAGAGCAUUCCCGAUAGUGUGCUCCCAAUAGACGACCAAGACAAACGCAUAAUCGCAAUCGGAGACAUACAUGGGAUGAAUAGCUCGUUGACGGAUUUACUUGACGAGAUACAGUACGACUCGGAAAGAGAUUCGCUGAUUCACGUUGGAGACCUGGAGACAAGGGCGACUAUCCACGACUCCAUCGACGUAUUGUCGUUCAUGUCAUCCAAAAGACUCUUGGGCGUCAGAGGAAACAAUGACCAAAAAGUGAUCGAAUGGCGGGCUUGGAUGAACUGGAUACUAUCUCUUCCGGGAGGUCAGGAAUGGCUUUCCAUCAUGGACAAGCGAUGGCCCAAUCUCGACGGAGACAAGCGACUCCAGAGAACAGAGCUUGAAAAAUGGGUCGAGACGAGCAAAUACGCAAGUUGGAAGAAGAUGGUGCCUACUGGCUGGCAUCCAUUGGGCAAACAUUACAGGGUCGCUCGUGCUAUGUCUCCUGAACACUUUGAAUAUCUAAGUUCGUUGCCCUUGGUGCUUCGUUCUCCAAAUGGCCACAUGGUUUUUGUCCACGCCGAUGACCACCAUGAUGUUGCAAAGCUGCGUAAUCUUCAGGAGCUUGCAGUCCUUACAGAGAUUCCCGAGAACAAAGAUCCAUGGACCCUAACGAACAUCAAAAGUGUUACGGAUACAGGAAUCGCGUCUCCCAGUCCCAAAAGGGGGACUCCCUGGUCUCAAUUGUGGAACGAUACAAUGUCGAAGUGUUCUGGAAAUUCGGGUACGGAUGCAGGUCGUGGGUUAGAUAUCAAACGGUGGUCGAUUGGUCUGGAUACUGGUUGUUCGUACGGCCGUCAGUUAUCAGCUAUAGUCCUCAAUGGAAACUCAUUCUCUUCUGCUACACACCAACUCGGAGACAAUAUACAUACAGAAGCCCCUUCAUCACAAGAUAUCGUUUUUGGAGACAAUGGACAAGCGCGCAUUGUUAGUGUAUCAUGUGCAUAAUUAUCAUACCAAUUCUUCAUUCAGCUUCUUCCUUAACGAAGAUUUAUAAUUUCGCACUUUACAA